UCCCUCCCAUGCCCCUUCAGCCGCAUCGGAGGCUACCAGGGAUCUUAUCUUCUACCUCUGCGGGAGUUACGCCGCCACCUCUGUCGGGGAGAGUUCAGUCAGUGUUGUGGGUCCAGUUGUGUGUGUAGUUAGUGCAAUGUUCGACGACCACGGAUUAGCUCUCCAAAUGUGGAACUACCAGAAGAUGAUCAUGUCCACCAUGAAGUUAAAGAAUGACACCUCGGUGGGGACGAUGAUAUCGAGCGGCCUCGUGGCGGAGGGGUCGCACAGCGGCCUCGGAGCCGGGACCUCGGCCCCAAUGCACUUCCCGCCUUCUCACAUGUCUUUCGAGCCGUUCCUGAAGGGAGGAGGCGGCAUCCCUCCAGUCCCAGAGUUCCUCCGUCCGCUGCCCAAGCCCGCACCUCUUGUGCCGCGCUACAACGCUCCCCAGCCCCGACCAGUCAGUCUGGUCCAGCACAAGGAGGAGCCUCCAGAAGACACGACCUUCCCGUCCAGCAUCUACAACUCCCGGCUGUUCCCUCCACCGCCCCCGCCCUUUUCUCACUACCCGGGUUUACAAGGACCUUACGGAAGUCUCUAUCCAGCUCAUUACACCCCUUAUAGAGACCGCCCUCUGCCUAACCCGAACCCCCCUCUGAGCCCUUUAGAGGCAUAUCCUGGACCUCAAAGCCCUCAGUACAGCCCUCCGGCACCGGCGAAGCCAGGACAAUCCCUUUUGAAAGACAAAAAGUUCAAAGUCCCCUCGGGGAAGGAAGGGUCCUUAAAGCAUAGAAUCCUCACUCGGCCCGAUCCCAAGAAGAAGAAACCCACGGUGACCAUCCAGACACCUCCUGAAGUACAGACGCCGGUCGCUACCAACAACAACAUCCCGACCCCGAGCUUCAACAAGGGCUCGUUGAUACAACUCGCCAGUGGGGAGCUCAGAAAGGUCGAGGACAUGAGGACAGAAGACUUCGUCUCCUCGGCGGAGAAGAGUCCUGCCUUGAGGCUCGACCCUAGCACCGUGGUGCGGAUAGACAACUCCACGGCUGCGAAGGGUUUCAACCUCCUCACCCUCAGCUACGGGGAAAACAGGAACCAGGUGGAGUUCGAGUCAGCCCUCGGACAUCCUUACUUCGUCUAUGGGCAAGGCUGGGCUUCCUGCGAUCCCGAAAAGACCUUAUCGCUCUACGGGCUACGCUGCCAUCAGCUACAAGUGGGUGACAUCUGCAUCUCCCUCUCUCCGCGGACCACCUCCUCUUCCCCCGGCCAAGGCAAGAAACGCCGAUGGUCCGCUCCAGACCAGCUGCAACACUCUGCCAAGAAAAGCAAGGAAUAGUUCUUUGUCGAGCGGUCGUUGUAUCGGCAGAUCGGGUUAAGCUCUCAGAAACGUAAUGGUGAUAAAGUGGUUUUAUACAAUUAUCGACCCAUUUCAAAAUUGCUCACUUUUUUGAAAUUUUUAAAAUAGGUUAGUUUGACCAAGAAGAAUCUAAAUAACUAAACAAUUUAAAACAAUACCUUUAUUUCCCGAUUAUCCAAAAGAAUUUAUUCAACUAAGCAUUUACACUUAAGUGUAUGUAUUUUGAAUUGGUGUUUGAAGAGCUCAGCAGUCUAAACUGAAGGGUUCCAAUCAUUUCACAAUACUUCCAUUCUUGUCAUUUAGAUGAAAACUGAUAUAAUUAAUGUAGUAGCAUCAAUUCAGAAUGCAUCCUUAGUGUUUAAAAUGUGAAUGCCGUACGCAAAUUAUACAUUACAUAAAUAUAAUUUUUAAAUCUUGCAACUCAAAACCGUAAAGUUUAAAACCUUAUAGGCAUAUCUUAAUAAAUAUAAUUUUGUUUGUUGAUAUAAAGCUUACAAUUUUUUUUAAUUGCAAGUAUAGAAGUCUUCCACGGAAAGAAUAGCCCGAUCAGCGCAACCUCGGUGAACAACAUUGUCAUGUAUGCGAUGUAUAUGUAAAUAAUAAUCAGUGUGCAUGCGGCCGGUACUCACAUGCUGUGCGUAUUUAUUUUGAUUUUGUAACGAUUGGAUCUCAUGGAUGAUUCCGGUGUGUGUGGUGAUGACGUCAUUCUGCGUGGCGUCACGUGACAUUGGUGACGUCACAGUGUGAUGUUGUCUAUUCCCCUCCUGUGAUCGCGCUACAUUUGUAUUACUUUUGUACCCGUCUUCUGGUCCGCCCUCAUUUUACUGUCUUAGUCUCUGUGUGCUGAUUUGUCAAAAAUGGAGUUCGCUUAGAUGUAGUCGUCUGGAACAAUGUGCCAAAUUGUUAGCAUUUUUAUGUUUAUUUAUUAGUACGUUACUGCUAUGUAAUUUUGUGCCCACUCAUUUGAUUCAAAAUCAAAUAAUAUUACGUAAAUAUAUAUUUUAUUGUAAAUUCAUUAUGGUCACCCGUUUUUGUAUGUAUCACACCAAUAUAAAUUUAACAGCAAUUAAGUUAAUUUAAUUUAUUAUUUAAUAACGUAUUUAUUUGAACAAACCGAAAAAUAUGCUUAUAUAACGUAGAAUAAUAUGAUAGAAUUUUAAAUUAGCUUAAAUUAAAUGUGAAAAUAAUUUUGUAAAGUUUUUAUGUAAUGUUUACGUGGACAUUCAAUAUUGUGUAACAUUUGUUUGCAAUACUGUUGUGUUUGACAAAAAUAAUUUUAUACAGAACAGAUGCCGUUCAUGAAACACAAGUCCUGAUACAAGUUGAUAUUUAGCAUAAAUUCCUGACUAGAGUAAAAUACUUAGUCCUUGCUCGUACACAGCCAGCAUAGUUAGCUUUCAGAUGAUAAUUAAAUUGCACAUAAUGAAAGAGAUAUAGUAUAUUUAUUAGCUGAUAAGACAUUAUUUUUUAUUAUUUUGACACUUUUACUAUUGUGUGUAUAUAAGAGCUCAUUGACUAUAAAGUAGAGCUGUGUAUAGGAGACACGUUGACUCAGUGUGUACAAAUGUAAAGUGGUGAUACAACUAAGUGUAAAAAUAAUGCUUCAUCAGUGUAUACAAAAGGGGCAAAUGUAUAAUAAAUUAAUGGAAGCAAGACUGACAGGAUAUUGUACCUAAUUAUUUCCGAAGUGGAUCAAUAUCAGAUGAAACAAUCAGUUUUUAUUACCCUAAUGUUUUGACAUAAUUUCUGGUUUUAAUCCACUUAUUUAUGUUGAUAAGCUUCUGGCACCAGAUCCACAUACGUAUUAUUGAGAUCUCACCCUUUGUGUUGGUUCUUUAUAACGUUGAUGAAGACUUUAUAAAUUUAGUCUGUUAAUUAUUACGAAACCUUUGAAACAAAACUUAUCAAUAAAUUAGUGACAUCCUGUGAAAUACAUUAAAACUUAAAUUUUGUCUAUUUCAUACUAAAACUAUUUCAAUCUAAAAUAUUGUUAAGUUUUGUUCUAUGUUUGUAUUAUAUAAUGUGAUAAGGUAAAUUUAUUAAUAAGUGCAAUAUUAUUAGUCCUUUAAUUACAUAAUUACAAUCAACUUAAAUUUUUAGUUUGAACACUCUUAAAAGAGUAGUUUAUAGUGUUUGAAGUUGCAACAAUAUGUACAUACGUUUAGAAUAUUCUUUUCCACUUUUUAAUAUUGUUUAUUAAAUUAUUAUCUGUUUGUUUCAUUUAUUGUAAAAUUAAUGUAUAAUAUAAAGAUUUUGCCUUGGUAUAAAAUGUUGCAAGAAUUCAAAUACUUUAACUGCCGUUGAAUCAUUUCAUUGUUAUUUUUAUACCAAUAUACGUUAUGAACUUUAUUAUGUUAUUUAACAAUGUGCCAGCGUAUUUUUACCUCAAAACACUAAACACUGCCUUGUCCUUUAUUUUAAUUGGUUGCUUCAAAUGAAAAUCUAAUUCUAAUUUAUUUAUGUUUUAUCUACAUCAUUGCAGUUUACAUUUUAAAUGCUAUAAAAUCGUAAUUAAUUUUUGUAAGGCUCUUCUUGCUAUGUGAAAACAAAAUUCACGAAGGCGGUUUUUUGAGAUAGUCUUAUGGUACAUUGUGUAAUGUUUUUGAGUAAGUGUCACAUGUACAUAUUAAGUGACGAUAUAUGGUGCUAUACAGGGUUCAUAUGUAUUAAUAACCAAAUUUUAAAAUGCUCUUAUCAUAAAUGUUCACCAGUAACAAAUUCAAAUCAAUAUUUUACAUUUGUUAUUAUUUCUUGUGAUAGUAAUUUUAUAUACUAUAAUUAUAUUUAUUAUUCAAAUGACUGAUGUGAGUUAAGUUGUGUAUUUUUUAAAAUCUAUUUCUUUUUAGUUUGGUUGUUUAUUUAAGACGAUUGAUUUAAUCUUUUUUAAUUUAAUAAUAUUUCUUAAUUUAUUCACAUUGUAAUGAAUUGUUAUUAAUAUAAUGGAACAAGUCCUGAGAAAUUUACAAUAAUGUAAAAAACUUGUCAACAUUUUUUGUACUAAAGUUUAAAAUUGUUUAUUUCAGUUACUAAAAAAGUAUUAACAAUGUAAAAAUAAUUGAAACCCCUUGGAAAAUUAAUCUUGUGAACUGAUUAAGGAUUGUUAAAAUUCAAUGACAGAGCUCUCUUUAGCUGAUAGGCCAGUAAAUAGACUUCUGUAACUUGACUUAGUCCUGUAUGACAAUCUUGUACAUACACUAACUCGUCCGUUCAGGUAUAGACUAGGAUAUUAUAGUCUAAGAUAGAUACGUAAGUCGUUAUAAAGUGCCUUGUGCCAUUCUUGUCAAUACCUCAACUACACGAUGUCUGGGAGUGAACAAAUAAAGACAACCAGUUCAUAUCUUAAAA